CUGAGGGACAAGCCUGUAGAUUCUUGUAAAUUUAGGAAGGUAUUUCCCUGACAACACUUAAGAGGCUGCUUGAGGUGCCCCACAAGCACCGCCCACAUCACCCGCUAAUCUCUGGGGGUUGUAUAUAACUGGGUGGGUUUUAGACCAGUGGACUAUAUGUUUAUUGACUGGCUAGCCCUUCACAGUGAGAGACAUAUUUCCAGCGUAGGCAACAGUAAAGACUAAGGUGUGUCAGAGUAUUGAACAGUAAUCAACUAUGGCGUUCAGAUUUUUCACUUACAACACUGGUCGGAAUCAUGGAGGUUCUCACCAUCAUGAAGUCCACAGCUUCGUGUCACGCUGGCCCUCUGACCGCGAAUCCAGAGAUGAGCCAGCUUACAACUUCCCCAGGUUUGGUGCCUCUGAUGUAGGGGGUAGCAGCCGUAACCUGUAUGAUUCGAGGUACCUGAGUGGGAUUGGAGACUUUUACCUGUACGGUCCACAUGAACACAGGCACACGCAUGGGCAUGCAGACACACAUGGACACAGGCAUGGACAUGGAGAUGGGCAUCGUGCUGGGGAAGACCCGUCAGUGUUACAGGUGCUGGAGGUGGACCUGUGUGUGGAGGCGAACACCAAGCUCCAUCACACAGAUGAGUAUGAGAUUACGCAGGAGGAAAGCAACACCUUCAGACGCCAGCAGCCCCAGCUUGUCACCCGCAGGGGACAGCCAUUUGAUAUCAAGAUUAAGUUUAACCGGGCCUAUGAUAGCAGCAAAGAUGACCUGAAGCUAAUCUUUGAAAUUGGUGAUAGCCCAUUGCCCAGUAAGGGUACCCUUGUAGAGCUGGUCCUGUCUGACCGCGAUCUGCCCAAACAGUGGGGUGCUAAGAUUAAGCAUGUCCAGGGGGAGCUGCUAAAUGUUACCAUCAUCGUCCCACCCACCUGCUAUGUGGGCAAGUGGAAGCUGAAGAUCGAUGUCAUCAAGAGGAAACCAGAUGAACGCAUGAAGAUCUACCGCUACCAGCAUAAGAAUCCCUUCUAUAUCAUCUUCAACCCUUGGUGCAAAGAUGACUUGGUGUACAACAAUGACAAGACGGACAUUGAGGAGUAUGUCAUGGCAGAGACAGGGAAGAUCUACUCGGGCUCCUCAAAACAAAUCAGCGCUAAGCCGUGGAAUUUUGGACAGUUUCAGGGGAAUGUCCUGGACUGUGCUAUCUAUGUCUUGAACACAGCUGGACUGGCCUGGACCUCCAGAGGGGACCCUGUCAAGAUCUCCAGGAAACUCUCUGCAGUGGCAAACUCACCUGACGAUAAUGGGAUCCUGGUGGGGAACUGGUCAGGGAACUACACAAGUGGGCGGUCACCUUUAAGCUGGACUGGUAGUGAGGAGAUUCUGGAGAAGUUCUACAGAGAGAGACAACCGGUCAAGUUUGGCCAGUGCUGGGUCUUCUCUGGGGUGCUGACCACAUUGUGUCGCACGUUGGGAAUCCCUGCCCGCAGUGUGACAAACUUUGCCUCCGCCCACGACACUGACGGGACAGUCACCAUUGACGUGCACUGGAGUGAGGCCAUGGAGCCUCUUAGCGACUUUAACAAGGAUUCUGUGUGGAACUUUCACGUGUGGAAUGAGGUGUGGAUGGCUCGCCCUGACCUGCCUGCUGGGUACGGAGGCUGGCAGGCGAUAGACGCCACUCCUCAAGAGGCCAGUGAUGGUGUGUACUGCUGUGGUCCUGCUUCGCUGACUGCCAUCAGACGUGGGGAGGUACACCUGCCCUAUGACGGCUCCUUCAUCUUUGCUGAAGUCAAUGCAGACAAGGUGCACUGGCUGCUGCAGCUGGAUGGCACAUGGCAGAGACAGUUCCAGAAGAAUGUUGUUGGAAAGCACAUCAGCACAAAAAAGAAAGGCGUGAUGAAAGGACGUAUAAACACCACAGCUGACAAAGAUGAUGAAGACAGAGAAGAUGUGACUGCCUUGUACAAGUACAAAGAGGGUUCGGAGGAGGAAAGAGCAGCUGUAUUGAGAGCCCAGAAACUGAAUGUGAACACCGGCUUGGGCAUCUAUGAGACAGGACCCACUGAUGUAGAGUUUGAGCUGAUUGAGAAGGACUCUAUCUUCAUGGGAGAAGACUUUGAUGUGACACUGAAGGUGUCAAACAAAAGUGGGGCUGAACGUACGGUCGCCAUCAAGAUCACCGCAGAUGUUGUCUACUACACAGGAGUGCCUGCCUGCAAGAUCAAAACUGAUCACUUUGAGAUCAAACUUAAACCAAAUACAAGUGAGGAUGUGGUGAUGCCUGUAAAGAAGAGUGAGUACCUGGACAGGUUGGUGGACCACUGUAACCUUCGCUUCUCCUGCAUGGCCAAAGUCAUGGAGACGAAGCAAACGUUUGCUGACCAGGACGACUUCAGGCUGCUCAAACCAGAGCUCACAAUCACGGCUCCUGACGAGGCACAUGUUGGAGAAGCCUUUGAGGCUCAGGUAUCCUUCACCAACACCCUACCCGUAGCGCUGACAGGCUGUGUGCUGAACGUGGAGGGACCAGGCCUCCAGAAGCCGCUUUCCCUGCCCCAGGCGAACAUCCCAGCCAAUCAGACGAUGUCUACCACAGUCCGGCUGGUACCUGCUAAAGCUGGCUUCCGACAGAUUAUUGUCAGCUUUGACUCACGCCAGAUAAGCAUGGUUGAUGGGCUCAAGAACAUCUUUGUGAGGAAGAGGAGCUCAUACUUGAAAACAGGAUCUGUGACAGAGUGGUUUAAUAAGGAUGUCUUCAUUCUCAAUAGGAUGCUGAUGUUUUGCCAUGUCUCCUUGUUUAUCACAGAACGAGCUUCUGUCUCAUUUGAUAAGAGGUCUUGUGCCUGGUUGUCGAGAAAUAAAAUUCAAUCAGCAGCCGCAGCUAUGCCAUGCAGAAGAGGUCGAGGUCGUUUCGGGGGAAGACCAGGGAGAGGACGUCGCCACUUUGUUUAUGGUAGACGGGGACGCUCACCAUCGCCUGGGAGACGCCAUUCCCCAGGACGUCAUUCACCUGGACGUCGUUCACCCGGACGUCAUUCUCCAAGACGGCAUUCCCCGGGACGUCAUUCACCUGGACGUCAUUCACCUGGACGUUGUUCUCCAGGACGUCGUUCUCCAGGACGUCGUUCACCCGGGCGUCACUCACCCGGGCGUCACUCACCCGGGCGUCACUCGCCCAGGCGUCACUCACCUGGACGUCAUUCACCAGGUCGUCAUUCACCUGGACGUCAUUCACCUGGACGUUGCUCUCCUGGACGUCAUCGUCCAGGAGGUUGGUUCCCUGGGCGUCCUGGAAGAUUACCAAUCUUCAGCUUCCCAGGGGGGUUCCGCGGGGGGCGACUGCCACCAUGGAUACUGCCGAUUGGUCCAGGGCGCGGACCUUGUCGAGAACGGCCUACCAAUAAGCCUCAUGUCCCUGGAAAGCCCGAAAACCCUGAUGAAGAAAAGCCGAAAGAUGAACGACCUCCAACUCCAGAGAUUCCAAAAGAAGAGAUGCAGAAGAACAUGCAUGUGACCCAAGUUGACCUUCAUAUUCUGACGAAUGGAAAAACUCACCACACAGACACGUACGACUGUGUAGAUGAAGAACAAAAGCUUGUACUGAGGAGAGGAGAGGCCUUCAGGCUGACUGUUACCUUCAGCAGGCCAGUGAACACCGCUAAUGACAAGUUCAGGCUCGUUCUCGAGAUAGGUAAAAACCCCUCCCCGGGAAAAGGGUCCCUGAUCCGGUUACCCAUUUCCGCUCAGGUGAAGCCCAAGAAAUGGGGCAUGGUGCAGGAGAGCCAGACUGGCAAUGACCUUCACCUGAAGAUUCACAUCCCUGCGGACUGCAUCAUCGGCAAAUGGAAGCUCUUCUUGGAAACCAAGGAGCCCGGCCAAGCCCAGUGGUUGAGACGAGACGCAGAGCCGAUCUUCAUUCUUUUUAAUCCCUGGUGCAAAGACGAUUCCACGUACAUGGAAAAAGAGUCGGAUCUCGAGGAGUACGUGCUGAAUGACGUGGGCUGUAUUUAUAACGGUAACUCCAGACAAAUCGGUGCCAAGGCCUGGAACUUUGGACAGUUUGAAGAAGGUAUUUUGGAGGCAGCAAUGUUUAUCAUGAACAAGGGAUUUGCCUGGCAGUACAGCCAGAUCCGAGGAGAUCCUGUGCGGGUUAGCAGAGUCAUCUCUCAAAUGGUGAACAGCAAUGAUGACGAGGGUGUGGUGUACGGGAACUGGUCUGGUGUCUAUGACGACGGCACCGCUCCCACACUCUGGUCAGGCAGUGUGGAGAUCCUACAGGAAUACAUGGCUCGCCGGAAGCCGGUCAAGUACGGCCAGUGCUGGGUCUAUGCUGGGGUCACCACCACGGUCUGUCGUGCUAUUGGUCUCCCAUCCCGGUGUGUCAGUAACUUCCAGUCCGCGCAUGACACUGACGGCAACAUCACCAUUGACUCGUACUUUGAAGAAGAAGGGGGCAUUAUUCAGCCAAUCAACGAAAUGAAUGAAGAUUCUGUCUGGAACUUUCACGUAUGGAAUGAGGCUUGGAUGCGCCGUCCGGACCUUACUGCAAACCCUGGGUACGACGGCUGGCAGGUGAUAGACGCCACCCCACAAGAGGCCAGCGACGGUCUGUUCUGCUGUGGUCCAGCUCCAGUGGCCGCCAUUAAGGCCGGGGACAUUGGGGUGUCUUAUGACGCCACCUUCAUCUUUGCCGAAGUCAACGCUGACAGAGUCUACUGGAUGGAAACCCCUGAUGGCGAUUUCAAAGUCUACAAAAUCAUGGAAAACAUGAUUGGGCAACACAUUAGUACAAAGACUCCAGAUGGACAGCCGAUGGAAGACCAUAAAGCUCAGCGACUGGAUAUCACCGAUACAUACAAACAUCCGGAAGGACUUGACGCUGAAAGAAAUGCUGUCAUCCGGGCAAGUUUCAACGUGACCUCUGACCGGAGUGCAUAUGACCAAGAUCUUGGGAGUAUCCGUGCGGAGUUGAUUCUGAAUGACCAACAGAUGAUAGGGGAGGACUUUGACGUGCAGAUUGUACUUACAAAUAUCAGUGAUAAGGAUGUAACUGUGGGACACAUGAGACUGCACUGCGAGUCUGUGUUUUACAUCGGAACUGUAGCAGGGGAAAUCAAAACAGAACUGUUCAAGGACAUCAAAGUAAAAGCUGGAGAAAGCGUAACUGUGGCGACCACUGUCACCAAAGACGAGUAUCUCCCCCAUAUUGCUGAGCUGAAUGGUAUACGCAUGCGCGCUGUCGGCAUGAUAACCGGAAGCGACCAUUACUUCCUAUGUGAGGACGACUUGCGACUGGAUCCACCAAAACUUGAACUUCGGCUACCUGCCAGGUCCAAAGCUAAAUCUCCAUUCACUUGUAAGAUCAGUUUGACCAAUCCACUUCCUGUACCGUUAACCAACGGUAUCCUUUCCCUGGAAGGCCCGGGCAUGCGCAAAGCUAAGAAAAUAAAAAUUGCUGAGAUCGCUGCCGGUGGCUCCUGGGAAACCGAGAUUGAUUUGACGCCACGCAGGAGGGGUAAGAAGCAAGUGCUUGCUUCCUUUGACUGUGAAGAGUUGCAGGACGUUACUGGAUCGGCAGUCAUUCAGAUCUCUCCAGCUCGCUAGAUGUCGCUCUACAUGCCAUAAGCUACACCGGUAAUCACUGCAGAGCCUCUAGGUCACCGUCUAUGUCCUACCCAAACAGAACGUCCAUGUACUUUCUAUUAUAUAACAGCUGCAUUGCAAAUGACGUAUCUUUCAUAAAAUGUUGACGGUAUUUUGACACUUUACAGGGUUUCUAUAUGUUAAACAUAAGUAUUUUCGCUUUUCCGCAAACAUUUAUUUACUUGGCGGAUUCAUCACACAAGUCCAUAUGCAUAUAUGCAGUUUGCUUUGCUAUAUUUGCUAUCAAAAUUCAUUUUGACAUUUUAUGUAAAACUAAUCCAUGCAAAAGGUAUUAAAUAAACAACCAAAUCAGUUUGAGGCGUUGCCAUUUCUGGUGGGGAUGGAUUUCUACAAUGGCUAAGCUGUUCUUAUGAGUCCAGAACUGAUUUUUAUGUUUUUGUAUGUCUCGAAUUUGUUAUUUUCAUGAAUUUUGUAUCAAUCUAUACUUAGACAGUAAUUUUGUCAAUAUUCAGAAGUUCACUGUGUCUGUUCAAAAUUGAUUGCUUUCUGUACCACCUGAUUUACAGUAUUAAUAA